UCAGAGCCACCCACAGCCGCAGCCAUGCAGUGCCUCCUGCUCACCCUGGGCGUGGCCCUGGUCUGUGGUGUCCCGGCCAUGGACAUCCCCCAGACCAAGCAGGACCUGGAGCUCCCAAAGUUGGCAGGGACCUGGCACUCCAUGGCCAUGGCGACCAACAACAUCUCCCUCAUGGCGACGCUGAAGGCCCCUCUGAGGGUCCACAUCACCUCACUGUGGCCCACCCCCGAGGACAACCUGGAGAUCGUUCUGCACAGAUGGGAGAACAACAGCUGUGUUGAGAAGAAGGUCCUUGGAGAGAAGACUGAGAAUCCAAAGAAGUUCAAGAUCAACUAUACGGUGGCGAACGAGGCUACGCUGCUCGAUACUGACUACGACAAUUUCCUGUUUCUCUGCCUAAAGGACACCACCACCCCCAUCCAGAGCAUGAUGUGCCAGUACCUGGCCAGAGUCCUGGUGGAGGAUGAUGAGAUCAUGCAGAGAUUCAUCAGGGCUUUCAGGCCCCUGCCCAGGCACCUAUGGUACUUGCUGGACUUGAAACAGAUGGAAGAGCUGUGCCGUUUCUAGCUCGUCUCCGCCUCCAGGAAGACUGGACUCCCACCCUUCCACACCUCCAGAGCGGUGGGACUUCCUCCUGCCCUUUCAAAGAAUAUCGACAGCUCAGAAGACGAUGACGUGGUCAUCUGUGUCCCCAUCCCCUUCCUGCUGCACACCUGCACCACGGCCAUGGGGAGGCUGCUCCCUGGGGGCAGUCUCUGGCAGAGAUUAUUAAUAAACCCUUGGAGCAUGUCCUGUCUGGAUGCGCAGUCACUGCUGGGUGUGGGAUUCAGGAACAAGGGCCUGGGGUCGGGGCAGGCCCAGGCCACCGCCUGGCAGAACCGGAGCUGCUACAGACCCAUGGGCAGCUUCUGGUGGAGAAAAUACCUCAAGUUUCUUAUCUACAAAAUAGAAGGGUCCACUUUCACAAA